AUUGGUCGAGCUUCACAUCGGCAAUCACGUGCCUGUGUGUGUGUUUAGUUUCACUUCCGCACUUUGCUCCUGUCUUUAGCCUGUUAGCCCUUUUGGAUGGUCUCACCUGACAGUUUUAGAGGAAAGUGGGGGUAAAAUGAAGAACGGUAAUGCGUACCACUAAUGAGAUUUACUUCACAAUUCCAUCUCCGUGUGUAUUUACGUUACUUUACCCGCAUAACGAAACAGUAGCUUUAUUUGUGAGUUAGUCAACGAGGAAGCUACGUUAGCUCGAGGAAGCUCCUGUGAUAAAGUAUAACUCACAAACAAGCUUAACCAACUCGCACACAGGACACGAAGUCAUGACGGUAAGUGCAGCAUGUUGCACAAACUUUACGUACACUUUGAACAUCUCUUUGGGUGGUAAUAUUAAACUGUUUCACUGGGGAAACUUAUUGCUCAAUGAAGAGGAUGAACAGACAUUUUGCAACACACAUUACAGCCUGUAUGAAGCCAAGGCUCCAAAAUACAAGCAUUUGCUGAUCAAAAUAUGCGCACAUAAGGUUUAUAUCGGUCUUAUUGUGUCUUUAGAUAUUGUAGCUUGCAGUUACACUACUUGUAUUUAAGAGGUGAAUUUCUCUUGGUGGUUUUUGAAGUAGGAAGUAGCUGAUCCAAUGAGCGUGAACAGGAAAUCAAGUCCUACACAUGAGGUUUACACGAUUUUCUUUGUGAUUCUGAUGGGAAGUGACAGAUGCACACACCAUCUUCUGUCUUUGUAUAUAUGUAUGCACAGAAAUGUGAUUUGUAUGAAAGCUGUUUCAUAUAUUUUUCUGCUUUUGUUCAAGUUAGUCACUCCAGGGUUUUAGCAUCACAUUUAACACAUUUUUUUUUUGUCUGAGUCAGAUAAUAUCAAUUAAAUGUUAUGUCUGAGAAAGGGUAACAUCUUUCAUGUUUUCAAAUUACUCAGUAGAGGCCAAAGAUCUCUUAAAAAUGAUUGUUUCAUCAGUACACUCACCUGUACGGUGAUAUGGGAAAGUACUAUAAAAAAUGCUGCAGACAGAUAGUUUUGCAUAUUUGCACUUAACUUCAAGUUGUGAUGAGUUAUAAUUCAGGAAAUGGUUCCCAAUGUUGACGGAUAUACUCAUCUUUUUAACAGGCAUAAUCUUUGUUUAUUCAAUUUAAUUAAAAACAAACUUGAUAUGUCCCUGGUUAGUAGAGCAGUGUUAUACAAAUAAAGAUAACAACAGCAUGAUGUUUCUGUUUCCUUUGUACCAGGUGUUGAACAUACAAAGCGGAGCAUCCUUCCUGAUGUUGACCCUGGUUGUUCAGCUGCUACUGUGUUGGAGUGGGGUUUACACAACCGACAGCACCAAGAAUUGUAAACUGUAUUCUGACUCUGAGUCAGAACGGAAAGUCCUUAAACGGCUAGCGCCACUUGCACAAAGGAAGUAAGUACUGACUCAGCCAUAUGACAUGAGUUUGUAUUUUGGGUUUGCCUGCCUUUGAAGAAAAGCAGCUUAACUUGAAUGUGAAAUCUCACCAUAACCUGAGCAUUUUUCCUGUUUGACAGUUGUACCACAGGUUUGCACAUGUUAUUUUAGACUAACUCUGAUUUGUUCUCUUGUUGACAGCUUUACUAUUAACAGCAAGAAUGGUACUGAGGAUUACACUUACGUGUUCCAGUUGUGUGGGGAUGCAUGGGGUGUUUCUGGAGCAGGAGUCGUCCAGGUGGACAACAACCAAAAGGAAAAGAAACCAACAAUUAUUGGCAUGUAUAAUUCAACACAGGCCUAUGGAGGAAGUAAGUGCCUGAUAAUUAUUUGAUUUACUUUAAGAAGCUUAAAAUUUUUUUACUUGAGAGUCUUGUACUCUGAACAUUGAGCUUACACCAUUUUAUAGGCGUAAAGAAAAGUGUAUUGGUGUCUUGCGUCGUCUCAUUUUGCGUGUUAAUGCUGUUUCAGGUGACUGGGUGAUAUUAAUCUACAGAAAUGGAGAAGCGUAUGAUGGCCACUGUAAGAAGGAAAACCGAAGAGCCAUGGUCAUGAUUUCCUGCGACAGGAACAUGGACCCGGUAAUACAAACAGAUGAAAUCUUACUUACCAAGUGUUCAGACUUGAGUUGUAUAAAAAGAGUGACACAAGCACAAGGUGGCAUUUUGAGUUGCAUUUCCUGGAAGACUUCCCUGUGGUUUAUAGUACUGACACAGGUUUACACCCCUGAAGUUACCACAGUUAUGUUUCUCUUUUUAUUUGUAUUAUAUUCCUCCUUUCUGUAAUACAUACCUUUGAUUAGCUAAUGCAGCAAGUUUUAGAGUGAGGUCAGAUUGCGUAGGAGUGUAAUAUGAAUGUAGGUCAGUUUUUUUUCUACAUGUACUUGCAACAGCACCGAGACUGUUACCAUAUGAAUGUUCAGAAUUUAACAUUUUGCUAUCCCCUUAAAGUCUUUUUUUCUGAGCCACAAAUGACCAUAUUUGGAAAAAGGGUUUAAUUAUAAAUUCAGUGAGUCAUUUUGGCUGAGAGAAUCUAUUGGAAUGCUAGCCACACUCGCAUGUCACUGAUAAAACCCAACUGCAACUGAAAAGUAGGGUUUGAUAUCAGUUGACUUUAUGAAUUCUCGUUUCAGUUGUGCCUAUCAUUAUUAGGCAGGAACAUAUAACUAUUUUGGCACUUCAGUAUUACCUUACUUUUUAGCUGCCCCAGAGUUAACAUUUUGGUCUGUUUUGCACCCAGUUUUUUAUCAGCAUGUAGGGCCUUGUACUACUCCAUCCUUUGCUCUUUUUGACUCUUAGGGCAAGCUGGGGUCAGUGCUGGAGGACAGAGAGAGGGAGAGGGACUGUUUCUACCUCUUUGAGCUGGACACCAGUGCAGUGUGCCCACCUCUGCAGUCCCAGCUCAGCCCUGGCUCUAUAAUACUCAUCAUGUGAGUAAAGACUGUCUGCACUAAGAAAAAUAAAAAAAUGCUGUUCUAAUUUUUAAAUAUUUAGUUUUGUAAAAAGAUAUGUGCUCACAAGCCCUCUCUUUUUUUAGUGGCGUCUGUGUUGUGGCUGUUUACCUUAUUGGAGGUUUCCUCUAUCAGCGACUGAUUGUUGGAGCUAAAGGCAUGGAGCAGUUCCCUAAUUACGCUUUCUGGGUGGAGGUUGGCAACCUGACAGCGGUAAGCAUACAAGAGUUGAUAAAAAUGUCUUUAAAAGAGCAGGCUCAUGUGACUUGUUUUGUAAAUGAAUACAAAACUCUCCAUUCCUCCAGGAUGGCUGUGACUUUGUGUGUCGGUCCAGAAGUAGAGAGGAAGCCCCAGCCUACAGGGGUGUGGCCACAGAACCAUUAGAGGAAGAGCCAGAGGAGAGAGAUGACCACCUACUACCAAUGUGACCUCGAUUUAUCAGAAAUGGGACAGAAAUGUACACUGUGUGUCGCAGCUUUCUCUUUCACAGGUUAGAUGAAGUUAGACACAAGACUUGUUUUGCUUGUGCCAGUUUAAGGUUAGGACCUGUUGAUACUUUGUGUGUUUACUAGACUUGUGGCGAGGGCAACUACCACGUGAUCUGCUUGUCACUUUGGAGGGCAUGUCAUUCUUGAGGCUGAUAGGCCUGUCUUCUCUUCCUCCUUGUAUCCCAUGCAUUUCAUUCAGCUGUGUAACUUAAAAAAUGACUGAUAAGUUCAAGGCUGCACUGUGACAGUAGAGAGUGACUUUAACUCCAUGAAAAUCUGACAGAAAAUGGUAAAGUAAAGAGGUCAGAUUUAUGUUGUUAUCAAAAAUGAGUGACAUAGUGCUUAUGAUUGUUGCAAGAGUUGGUGCAGUCUGCAGCAAUUCAUUACUUCUGGAGUACUGAUUGUGUGCCCUAAGCGAUGCAGGUUAAAGAAAUGUUUGUGUGUGAAUUUUUUGCUUUAAUUGCUUUUCUCUUUUUUCUUUUUUUCUUUUUUUUAAUAACUAUUUUAUUUUAUUUUUUGGGGGGCGGGGGGUUAAGAGUUUGGCAGUGUUAUUGAUACAUUUUCAGUGCUUACAGCCUUGCUACACUGGUUGGAAAAAAACAUGGUUUGACUGAAUUUACAUUCUAGUUUAAUGUUGGGGAACAAUAUUGUUAAUAUCCGCUUGUAAUUGUUUGAAAUGUGAGCCUCCUGACUGUAAUCUAAGCUUGAAUGUUGUAAUUUAACAGCUAGGCCAACAAUGCUGUGAAGCAUCCAACUGAAAUUCAAAAUUAACUCCUAAAAGUCACUUAUUUUUGCUGAUAAAUACUUCUUUAAUUUGGAGGCAAUUUAAAAAUUUGUAGAUCAGUUCCUACUGUUCAAAUUUAUAAUAUCAAAAAGUCUGCAAUGAAUGUAAUAUAUGCACUAAUAUUUUGGGGGUACAUUGACACUCAGAAGAUUCAACAAUUUGCCACACUAUUGUUUGUAAGCAUUGUCCUGUUACUAAGGGAUCUUGGAUCAGUGUGCUUACGUGACAAAACUGGCCCAAGCCACAUGCGUUUCUUGGCACUACCAACAUCACAGUAAAGAGUAAAUUCUACUCUUUACUGUGAUGUAUAUAACCAAAUAUUCAGGCUGCUUUAGGCCUGAUGCUUUGCUUCUUUGAGAAGAUGGAGCAGCAAUGAAAGCACUUGUUUUUGUACACCUGCUGUAUAUUAUGGGCGUUAACGUUACAUCUUUGAUGACAUCAUUAACAAGCUUUGUAAGAUUUCUAGAAAAAUGGUUAAAACUUGGUAUUGAGACUUUUUUUAUUUUGAUGGGCAAAAUUAUGUUACAGGUGUGAGUUAUGAAAUCAAGCUACAAUAUAAUAAUAACUGUGAGCACUUCAGUUUUUUUUUUUUUUUGCUUUGGUUGUUGCUACUUUUGUUUGUGUUUAUCACAGCUGACAUUUAUUGAUUGCUUUUGGUUAUUAUCUGUAUGAAAAGGUUUUAUGGAGUUUUUUUUUGUGAACUGGACUAAUAAAAAAGUUUAGUUCAGGGGUAAUUCAAAGCCACAAACUUUUUUGAUUCUCUGAUUCCAUCAGAAAUAAACUAUGAAAGCUCCUUAA